UCAUACAAAUUACGCCCAUUUGUCUGGAUUCUACACAUACAAUGAUGAUCAACAGAUACCUAUUUGCACCUGUAUUGAUAUGAAGUGAAUAAUGUUUUCAAGACGUUUCUAUAAUCAUUUAUCAUUAUACAAUCAUGAAUCUUAGAUGACAUAGCGGAUGUAAGGUUACAGUUACUUAAUGAUAGUUUUCUUUACACAAGUACUAGUUUUCUUUUCUUUUCAGAUCGAACGUUGCCAUGAAAUGUGUUCCUGGAUAAAUUAGUUAUCAUCAUUCUGGUUUGGAGAAACUUAAAAGACAGGGAUGUCCGCUUUAGAAUUUGAAAUGGAUGACAUCGAAAAGAUUCUUAAUUCCAUGGACAAUGAAACAUUGCAUGACAUCUUUCCUGAUGAAUUUAAAAAUUCUACCAAUCUGGAAUAUUUUGACAGUGACCCAACAACCCAGGCCCUCCUUAUUUCGGUAUUCAGCCCUUUGGCUGUCAUGACAUUUAUAUGUAAUAUUAUUGUCUGUUUCGUCGUGGGGAAAAACAAGAAAAUGCGAACAGUGACCAAUGUCUUCAUUGUUAAUAUGUCCGUCUCGGAUUUAAUUUUGGUGUCUCUCAAUGUCUCGUUAAAUAUCGCCAGACAUCUCGCGCGGGAAUGGACACUGGGGAACUUGCUUUGCCAUAUGCUAAAUUUCUCUCUCAUGCUGUCCGUGUAUGUAUCUACUUUCACUUUGACUGCUAUCGCCCUAGACAGACACCAAGUGUUACUCUACCCUCUACAACCUAGAAUCACGAAAACGAUCAGCUACAUUAUCAUUUUCGCAAUAUGGUUUUUUUCAAUUCUGUUUGCCCUUCCAUAUGGAAUUUUUACCAAAGUGGCUGAAACCGAUUUCAUUUUAGCGAAAUUAAAACGAUGUACAACGGUUUUUCCUCAGCCUGCUGAUAGAUGGGAACAAGCGCUUACGAUAGCUACAGCUGUCUUGCAGUUCUUUUUGCCCGUGGUGGUGAUCACUAUAGCCUACACAAGGGUCAUUCAAAAAUUGUGGUUACGGACACAUCUGGGUGUUGUGACAGAGACACAAAGACGGAUGGAGAUUCAAAAAAAGAGGAAAUCGAUCAAGCUGUUGGUAGCUGUUGUUAUAGUGUUUACUGUGUGCUGGGCACCAAUUAAUUUUUAUCAUUUGCUGACUGAUCUUCAUCCGAAUAGGAUCACAUUCAAGUACGAUAGUGCGGCCUUCUUCGUGUGCCACUGGAUUGCAGUCUGCAGUUCCUGCAUUAAUCCUAUAUUGUACUGCUGGAUGAACCAGUCGUUUCGGAAAGAGAUAAGAAAGCACGUGACGUGUUUGAAAUGUACAAUUUCAAAACGGAAUUGUUCACAUGAAGUCGAUGAACUUUUCACAAGGGAAACACAUUUUCGAAACAGACAUGAACAAAGAUCUUUGUCAAACCCUCUUUUUUCCUCUUCUUCGUCUGAUUCGCGAAGAUCAGACAGGGAACUACCCAAGAAAUGUAAAUUUACAUGUAGAUGUACAUAUAAAUUGAGUAACGUUUGAAUUAAUAAAUGUAGUUGUCAGAUUU